CCGGAAGAGGCACAGGGGGCGUCUGUAUUGUCGGUGCGAGUCAGGGGCAUUAUUCCGCAACUGGGGUUAAUGGCUAACCUAGUCCAUUAGAAUUCUUAUAUUUAUAGAAGACACUGCCACGGAACCACGAUGCAAGAGGAUUAUUUGUGAAGAGAGCGCCCCAUCCACGUGCCAUGUCUCUGGUUUUCCCCCGGCCAAACACUAACACCGUCCACGGCAAGAAGGAUAAGAGACUGAUGGCGGAGGUGAACGCAUCACCCCUCAAGCAUUUUGUCACAGCAAAGAAGAAGAUUAAUGGGAUCUUUGAGCAGUUAGGGGCCUACAUUAAGGAGAGUGCGUCAUUUCUUGAAGAUGCUCACAAAAAUGAUGAGCUGGACCCAGUUACUACAGAAGAACAGGUCCAGGAGGUUCGGAGUUACCUUACUAAGGUAGCUGGGAUUGGGGAAGUCCUUGCCCGGAGGCAUAUGAAGGUGGUGUUUUUUGGGAGGACGAGUAAUGGGAAAAGCUCAGUGAUCAACGCAAUGUUAUGUGACAAGGUGCUGCCUUCUGGAAUUGGACACACCACCAACUGUUUCCUGAGGGUGGAGGGAACAGAUGGAAAUGAGGCCUUUAUCCUUACUGAAGGCUCAGAGGAGAGGAAGAGCGUUAAGACGGUGAAUCAGCUAGCCCAUGCUCUCCACCAGGAUGAGAACCUAGAUGCAGGCAGCUUGGUCUGUGUUAUGUGGCCUAAAGCCAAGUGUGCUUUGCUAAGGGAUGAUCUGGUCUUGUUGGACAGCCCAGGCAUUGAUGUGACCACAGAACUGGACAGCUGGAUCGACAAGUUCUGCUUGGAUGCCGAUGUAUUUGUACUUGUGGCAAACUCUGAGUCCACACUGAUGCAGACGGAGAAGUCUUUUUUUCACAAAGUCAACGAAAGACUUUCCAGUCCCAACAUCUUCAUCCUUAACAAUCGCUGGGACGCCUCUGCCUCGGAACCUGAAUACAUGGAAGAGGUGCGGCGACAGCAUAUGGACCGCUGUACCCAUUUCCUGGUCCAUGAGCUAGGCGUCGUGGACCAAGCUCAGGCCAGCGACCGCAUCUUUUUUGUCUCUGCCAAGGAAGCUCUUCAGGCACGUGUGCAGAAAGCUCAAGGAAUGCCCGAAACAGGUGGAGCACUUGCUGAGGGAUUUCAAGCUAGAAUGUUUGAAUUUCAGAACUUUGAGAGGCGAUUUGAGGAGUGCAUCUCGCAGUCAGCAGUGAAGACUAAGUUUGAGCAGCACACAGUGCGUGCCAAGCAAAUCUCUGAAGCCUUGCGGCACAUCAUGGAUGCAGUACACAUUGCUGCACAAGAGCAAAGGGUUUACUGUCUUGAGACCAAAGAAGACCGCCAGGAUCGACUGGAGUUUAUAGACAGGCAGCUGGACUUGUUGAGUAUGGACUGUAAGACCAAGAUCAAGAAGAUCACAGAGGAGGUGGAGAGGCAGGUGUCUAAUUGCAUGGCAGAAGAAAUCAGGAAGCUCAACAUUCUGGUGGAUGAUUUUCACAUGGACUUCCACCCGGCGCCGGUGGUCCUUAAGGUCUACAAAAAAGAACUCCACCGGCAUGUAGAAGAGUGUUUGGGCAAGAACAUGUCAGAGAGAUGCUCCACCACAAUCAGCAGCGCUCUUCAAGCCACACAGGCAGACAUGAUUGAGGGUCUGAAGCCUCUUCUUCCCAGCUCAGUGAGAGAGCAGGUGGACAAACUGGUCCCUCGCCAGUGCUUCAGUCUUAAUUAUGAUCUGGCUUGCGACAAGCUGUGCAGUGACUUCCAGGAAGAUAUCAGCUUCCACUUCUCUUUGGGUUGGACGAUGCUAGUCAACCGCUUUCUUGGGCCCAAGAACACACGACGAGCCCUCAUGGGCUACAGUGACCAGAUUCCUCGAUCCAUGGCACUUACGCCGGUCAGCACCAGCAUGCCUCCAUUCCCACAAAACUCCAUGACCCAGGAGGAGCUGAUGGUCUCCAUGGUGACUGGACUUGCCUCCGUCACAUCGCGUACCUCCAUGGGUGUCCUUGUAGUUGGUGGUGUGAUCUGGAAGGCUGUGGGCUGGCGUCUGAUUGCAUUGUCCGUGGGUCUCUACGGUCUUCUUUUCAUCUAUGAGCGCCUCACCUGGACGACAAAGGCCAAAGAGCGUGCGUUCAAAAGACAGUUUGUUGACUACGCCAGUGAGAAGUUGCAGCUUAUUGUCAGCUACACAGGAUCCAACUGCAGCCACCAAGUUCAGCAAGAGCUAGCCGGGGUGUUUGCUCAGCUCUGCCAGCAGGUAGACGUGACCCGGCAGAAUCUUGAAGAUGAGAUCACUGACAUGAAUGGCAAGAUUGAGCUGUUGGACUCCAUGCAGAGCAAAGCUAAGUUGCUGCGGAACAAGGCGGGCUGGCUGGACAGCGAGCUCAACAUGUUCACGCAGCAGUACCUUCACCACAGCAAGUAAAUCUGACACAGCAUUCGCCUGAGAAACUGAACAAGACAGAAACAUUUGGCAUAUCUAGUAAAUGUUUUGCCCUAGCCUGCCAACAGUCCUAUGAGAUUCUUAUUUAUUGAAGUAUAUAAUGCAUCAGGUACACUAACGUAACAGCGUGAUAUAAGUCAUAGCUUAGCUGGCGAAUGCGAUGCUCUUUUUUGUUACUUUGGCUCUGUAAAUACGACGAAACAUGGACUGCCGUGAACGAACUGAAGGAGUUCUGACUGACUUGGAACACAUCUUGUAGAUGAACAAAAUGGAGGGAGGGAAAGGGAUGAUUUUCAUUUCUUAUGUGAGGUAUUCCUGCCAUUAAUGUAUGUAAAGACAGAAGCUGAGGAAAGUCUUGUGCUCAUCUGCAAUUGGCCACAUGGGUCACGCAAGACAAAGGUAACAACAGGUAAAUAUAAAUAUCACAAAAAGGGGUUUAUCCAGUGUCUGCAUUUACUAAGAGUCACGGGAGAGCUAUUAAGGGAAAAUGUAGAACAGCUCCGAAUGCUUGAAACAUUGAGGAAAUUACCCCUACAACUUUUACUUGUUGGUCUUUUUCAGUAUACAACAGCAAUGCUCACCUAAAAAACAUAAUUCAGCAGUCCGAAAGUGACUUGGACAAACUAUGCUAACGUCUUAACAAGCAAAAUACCACUUUCCCCCCCGCCUGUUGUGGAUUCAUGCACAGUUGGUUGGCUAGCAGACAGAUAGAUUACUCUUGCCAGCUUCUGUCAGUAGAUGGGAUUCCAUUUGUUGGCUUGAUUUUGUGUGUGUGUGUACAUAUACGGUAUAUAUUUAAAAAAUGGGCAGGUUGUAUUUCUCCUCUUGGAUGUAAACUUGGAGUAUGAAAUGAUAUUGCACAUAUCAAAAGAGAUUUGUUCACAAUUAAAGGAAACUGCACUCUGACACAACUGAAUCCGUACACUUUUUGGAGAAAAUGGCACUCUGAACGAAAGUGAAUAUGGAAGAAAAUAGGAUGUUGCAUUAAUAGAAUGGUUAUCUUUUAGCUGAUAUAAGGUGGCAAAAGGUUUGUUCACCAUUGUAAAUACAGUAUACCCUAAAAAGGAAUACCCUUUUUCAGUGUAGGCAAAUUAUAAUGGUCUCGAAGGCUAGAAGGUACCUGGAACCUUUUGGAAUUUAGUUCAUCCAUCCAUUUUCUAUGUCGCUUAUCCUCAUUAGGGGCACGGGAGU